AUGGGUGAACCGGCAUCGACAACCGCGACGUCAUCGUCUAUCCACGCUACCUCAUUAGAGGAAUCAGGAUCCCGAAAGAACUCGGACAAUGCAAAGGGAGAUCAGUGUGUGAGUUGCAAAUGGGUUGCGGUCGCGUUACCUGUGACCCUUUCCGGCUACAUUUUCUAUGUAGCGAAACAACAAUGCACCCGCUUCUCUGGCGCGCAACGUAUGGUCUAUAUGGGCCUUUGUGGUGGCCUUUCUUUAGGCUUGCUCUAUUUGGGUGCAAAGGAUCUGCUUCGUCGCUUGCCGGAAGAAUCCAGUAAAUGA